AUGACAGCAAACCAUCGCAUCGAGUAUAAUUGGAUCAAGGGGGUGGAAACACUGGAAGAAUACCAGCCUGGCGGAUAUCAUCCAGUUAUGAUCGACGAUCUGCUACACGAACGCUAUCGGAUUGUAGAUAAACUUGGCUUUGGCGGUUAUUCAACGGUCUGGCUUGCUCAAGAUACUCAGUUAAUGCGAUAUGUCGCUGUUAAGGUCAAUACGGCAGACUCGCUUCCCCAUGAGACAACAGUCCUGAAGGCCCUUUCUGCUCCAUCUUUUAUACACCCUGGACAUGGCUUAGUACCGUCUCUCCUCGAUGAAUUUCGGGUAGAAGAGAUAUCUUUUAGCCGUCUUUUCCCCCUCAAGUUCGCUCGAGCAUUAUCUUAUAGACUUGCUCAAGCUGUUGCUUAUACGCAUUCACGAAAUUGUGUUCAUGGAGACAUCCAUUUGAGCAACAUUUUAAUUAGACUUCCAUCAAGUUUUGAUCAGCUUUCUAUCUCGCAAUUAUAUGAGCAAUACGGAGAACCAGACACGGUCCUAAUUACACGAUGUGAUGGAGGGCCGGUUCCCCCCAAUGCCCCCGCUAAGGCUGUUGUGCCUCUAUUUCUAGGGAAAUAUGCAGAGAAAUUCUCAUUAUCCGACGCGCACCUGCUUCUUCUCUGUGACUUUGGUGAAGCAUUUUCACCUGCUACAAACCCUCGUCUAGGGAAAGACUGUCAUACACCACCUGCAUUUCGAGCUCCAGAGGCCAAAUUCGAACCACAGUCUCCACUUACAUAUUCUAUGGACAUCUGGAGUCUGGCCACGGCAAUCUGGGAGAUCAUGGGAAUGAAGGCGAUCUUUAGCACGGACUUUGUGCCCGACGAUGAGAUAGUGAGCCAGCAUGUUGAUGUCCUGGGACCUAUGCCAUCUGAAUGGUGGCAGACCUGGAAAGGGCGAUCUCGCUUUUUCCAUGAGAAUGGCUCUCCGACUGAGGCAUAUAAAGAGAAUAGAUGGCCUUGUCUGAAGGGUUCCUUUGAGGUUUGUAUCCAGAAAUGGAGACAGAAGAUUAGAGAUGAGAUCCAGGAAGAUGAGAAAGCUGCAUUUCUGGAUUUGAUGCGCCAUAUGCUAUCAUUUCGACCGCAAGAUCGACCGACUGCUGCUGAAGUCCUGUUAUCAGACUGGAUGGUGAAAUGGGCAUCGCCUGAUUAUAGUGAGGUUUAGAGCAGUCAGUCAGUCAGUAUAUUAUAAAAACAAUAGAAUAACAAAAUAAAUAAUACUCAACGC